AGAGCCCGAUCCCUGCGGGGUCUCGGUUGAGCCGUGGACGCGCCGGCUUCGAGCAUCCCUAGCCGGGCAGGUGGGAGGCCCCGGGGUUGCGGCUCCCGCUGCCGCGGCUCGGCCCCGCCAGCGACAUGGCCAGCUCCGGAGAGGACAUAUCCAAUGAUGAUGAUGACAUGCACCCUGCAGCAGCUGGGAUGGCGGAUGGGGUCCACCUCCUGGGGUUCUCUGAUGAGAUUCUCCUUCAUAUCCUGAGUCACGUCCCCAGCACUGACCUGAUUCUGAACGUCCGGCGUACCUGUCGGAAGCUCGCAGCCCUGUGCCUUGAUAAGAGCCUCAUCCACACCGUGUUGCUGCAAAAGGACUAUCAGGCGAGCGAGGACAAGGUGAGGCAGCUGGUGAAGGAGAUCGGCAGGGAGAUCCAGCAGCUGAGCAUGGCUGGCUGCUACUGGCUGCCUGGCUCCACCGUGGAACACGUGGCCCGCUGCCGCAGCCUGGUGAAGGUGAACCUCUCGGGCUGCCACCUCACCUCCCUGCGCCUCUCCAAGAUGCUCUCGGCCCUGCAGCACCUGCGCUCGCUGGCCAUCGACGUGAGCCCCGGCUUCGACGCCAGCCAGCUGAGCAGUGAGUGCAAGGCCACGCUGAGCCGCGUGCGGGAGCUCAAGCAGACGCUGUUCACGCCCUCCUACGGCGUGGUGCCCUGCUGCACCAGCCUGGAGAAGCUACUGCUCUACUUCGAGAUUCUGGACCGCACACGCGAGGGCGCCAUCCUCUCGGGCCAGCUCAUGGUGGGCCAGAGCAACGUGCCGCACUACCAGAACCUACGGGUCUUCUAUGCGCGCCUGGCCCCCGGCUACAUCAACCAGGAGGUGGUGCGGCUCUACCUGGCUGUGCUUAGCGACCGCACGCCUCAGAACCUCCACGCCUUCCUCAUCUCUGUCCCCGGCAGCUUCGCGGAGAGCGGAGCCACCAAGAACCUCCUGGACUCCAUGGCGCGCAACGUCGCGCUGGAUGCCCUGCAGCUGCCCAAGUCCUGGCUGAACGGCUCUUCCCUCCUGCAGCACAUGAAAUUCAACAACCCAUUCUACUUCAGCUUCAGCGGCUGCACCCUGUCGGGCGGCCCUCUGAUCCAGCAGGUCAUCAACGGCGGGAAGGACCUGCGGAGCGUGGCCAGCCUGAACCUCAGCGGCUGCGUCCACUGCCUGUCCCCAGACUCGCUGCUCCGCAAGGCGGAGGACGACAUCGACAGCAGCAUCCUGGAGACGCUGGUGGCGUCCUGCUGCAACCUGCGCCACCUGAACCUCUCGGCUGCUCACCACCACAGCUCGGAAGGCCUGGGCCGCCACCUCUGCCAGCUCCUGGCCCGGCUGCGUCACCUGCGCUCCCUCUCCCUGCCUGUCUGCUCCGUCGCCGACUCCGCGCCGCGCGCCGACCGUGCGCCCGCCCAGCCCGCCAUGCACGCAGUGCCGCGCGGCUUUGGCAAGAAAGUGCGCGUGGGCGUGCAGUCCUGUCCCAGCCCCUUCUCCGGCCAGGCGGGCCCCCAGCCUUCCUCCGUGUUCUGGUCUCUGCUGAAGAACCUGCCCUUCCUGGAACACCUCGAACUGAUCGGGUCCAACUUCUCCUCCGCCAUGCCGCGCAACGAGCCCGCCAUCCGCAACUCGCUCCCACCCUGCAGCCGCGCGCAGAGCGUCGGGGACUCGGAGGUGGCCGCCAUUGGCCAGCUGGCCUUCCUGCGGCACCUGACGCUCGCACAGCUGCCUAGCGUCCUUACGGGCUCCGGGCUGGUCAGUAUCGGCCUGCAGUGCCAGCAGUUGCGGUCCCUGUCGCUGGCCAACCUGGGCAUGAUGGGGAAGGUGGUGUACAUGCCCGCGCUCUCAGACAUGUUGAAGCACUGCAAGCGGCUGAGGGACCUCAGGUGAGGGGGCCGCGGGGACCUCCCGGGCCUCUGUUGGAGGGUGGCGGAGGGAAGUGG